AUGAUCCGCUGCAUCGUGACAGUGGCUCUCCUUACUAGCGCUGCCUGUCUAGCGCAAGUGGAUUGCAAUGAUGGCUCUUGCUGCUCAACAUACAUCGAAAUUAACGAUCCCCGCCGCAGCAUUAAGGCUAUUUGGGAACCGGGACAAGAUCCAAUAUGUGAUCGGGGACUCGGAUGGGGAUGGUAUCGUUUCACAAGCUUCACUGGGGGAAAAAUGCCAGAAAAGAAAGUAUCACCGAACCGCUGUGGUACGCAAGCUCCAAUAUGGUUGGACGGAGUGCAUCCCACAGCGAUAGGAGAAAACGUCGUCCGCAGAGCUUGUGUUAACGUUUUAGAUUUGAGCAACGGUUGCUUUACUUCGUUUGACAUUAAUAUAACAAAGUGUGCAGAUGACGUAUUCGUUUACUAUCUAAGACCACCAUGGUAUUGCGCAGUCGGUUAUUGUGCUGGUAGGUUUGAUAGUUUUCGCUGAGCUAACCCUAAGCAAUAUCUAGAGGCAAUCGACCAAUACGAACGGCUUCCUUUAUGAGUUAAGAAUAGAAGCGGAAGUCGUAAGCGUAAAAACGAACGUAAGAACGUAAGCCUCAGCAAAUCUGAUGUACUCUUUUUGAAAAGCGUAUUGUUUGUGACCAAAGAUUAUUAUAGAUUAUUUACUACUGAACAAACGAAUUAACAAGAGUAACUGCAUUGGGAAGUAAGGGCGCUAUGUUCGCAUGAAAAAUUGUAUUUUUUUAUGUGUACUCCGAGGUUUAUUGAUUAUGAUGGGGAGACUAACCAUACACAUGUUUCCUUAUCAUCAUCAAUGAACAAUUUUCACCCCAUUUUCUUUAAUUUUUUUCUUUUUGUCGAAAGGCUUCGAUACGUCUACAGUGUCCUUUUAUUUUUAACCCUACUUAGGCUUCGGGGAACCAUGUCCUUAUGGGAAAGAAGGAAAACCUCCUGACUGCCAUGGUACGUAUUGUGUUUUUCCCAAAUUUCAUAUCAAUCUAAAAGCAUUCAAAUAGGUUAGAGACUUAAAGUUACGUAACUACCGUUAAACGAGAAGAUAAGAAUAGAAAGAAAGGUCUGAAUAUAGGAAAUUUUUAAAUUUCCGGGUUAAAAACCGUCUUAACAAAACGUUAACUGUUCAACAGUUUAGAUUUUAAACAACGGCAUUGCGCCGAGCGAUCUAAGGGAAGUGAUUAAAAAGUAAUCUUCAUCACAUCUACGAAUACAACCUAUCGUCGUGAUAACAAUUGUUGCGAUGAUAUUUUUUUACUCCCCCCAAUAAGGCUUUGUAAUAAUAUCCUCAGGACACGCCCUCCCCCCCUCCCUCUAUUAUCAGUUUUAGCGCAUAAGAUCAUAUCCACAAGUAUUUUGCGCCAUAUAAGUAAUAAAUUAUUAUUAUAAUUUUAGAGUCUUUCCUACGCGCUAUCCUUUGAGGAAAAAUAGCGGUCGGUCUUUUCGUGUAUUUCUCAACUAGGCCAGUCACAUUGGAAAACUGUGACUAGUUUUAACUUUCUCACCACAAUGGUUGGGUUAUGCCUGAUGCAAGUUUUGUAAAUUGUGAAAGACGCUCCGCUUAUCACUAGAUAUUCCCUCCAGAACUAAAGUUUUACAUCACAUUUUACUAAGGUUGAUUAUUGGAAAUGUAACUCACAUUAUGCAGUCAUUGACCUAAUAUUAUCUCUUUUUCACUUUUGUUUUUUAUUGUAAUUUAUGUACCAAGUUAUUUACUGCCUUAUACACUUUUUUACUCCUCCCCAUCUUUCAACACUUUUUUAUUAGACUUACCACAAGAGUUUUCUAGUGACGAUCUCGAUGAUCCAGAAAUCGCAGUCGCCGACGGUGAAGAAAUUGCAGUAACUUUGGUCUGUAAAGUCAACAUUCUCAACGGGAUCGCCAAUUGGAAAAAUGUGACGUAUAGGAUCGAAUGGUUUGCAGAGGGAAAUCUGCUAAAGACAGAAACAUUCUGUGGUAAUAUCCCCAUCGGCGGCCAAAACCCUAGUCCUUGUCCAGAUGCGACUCUGAUCUCCCAACUAUCAGGCGAAGACUACACAAUAGGCAGCUGGGUAAGAUCCUUCAAAAUAACACCAUUGUCGCUUUCUAUAUUGGUAUUGUGGAAUCAUAAAGCCAACUUAUUUCCUCUCUUGUCCUUAAAACAGAUAUCGUGCAAUGUCUCUGCAAUGUUUACAACUUCCCCGAAAAACGUGUGGUCGCCGUCAAAAGCCGGAACCAUUCUUUGCAGUCAUACAGGUGAAUCAGUAGUUUGUUUGUUUGUUUGUUUCAUGGUCCUUUUUUUCCUUUCUCUCCAGUCCCUGCCUUCCUCCUUUCAUUUUUCAUUCCCUCCAUUAUUUACCUUUUUUUUUUCCUUUUUCUGUCCAUUCCUCCCUUGAAAUUUAGUUUGAACUCAGGUUGUAUCCUAUUCGCAGGUUUAUCGUAGAACUACCAUACUACAGCUUCAAAGUUGUGAUCUCAGCAUUUAACAGAUUACUUUUACACCAACGAUACCCGCCCGUGAACAUGAGAUCUUUGGAUACCCAAAGUUCUAUUUCUGGCUUCCCGAUGAAGUACAGUUAGUAAACCAGCAGCAAUGCGAAAUCGAGUUGAAAGGGACUACACCAGUCACUUUAAACAUUAAGGCAACCUGCCCUCAAAACACUCAAAUUUCCACUGGACUUCGAGCCAUAGUUCUAGAGAGAUCUGAAAUCCACGACCCGUUUUGGUUGCGUGCUAAUCUUCCAACAGUAUGGGUACGUAUACAAAAUAUCAGAACGAUUUAAAAAGAAACGAAAAACUUCAAAGCAGAAACAGCUGUUGUUUUCGUCUUGUCCCGAGCGUGGGACAAAGAAAAAUUCUGAGUCCCCAUGAGGUAUCGAAUCUCAUACCUUCGGAUUCCGCGCUCCGAUGCUCUAACCACUGAGCCACAGUAGAAUAAUUAUCGGAAGUGUUACCUCUUCUGCAAGCUAUCGAUUUCAUGUAAUGUAUCAAUUUCAUUGAGAUCAAUAGAACUGCAAAGCUCAUGUUUAGUGACCAUGGUAAACAAGACAAUAGUCGGAAAAAUUUUUUAAACAAUGAAAAACUUUUUUUCCUUUUACUCGAAGAAGAACAAACACUUAGAGGUGUGCAAGACAGGAGCUGCAAAAUCUGUCACUUUUGUGAAGGUCACUCCCUCCAAAAGGAGAAAAAUUUAUCCCGAUUUCAAAGGAGCAUUUUGUCACACUCGAUAUUUUUACAUCAAAUUCAAGACUUUUGAAACCGUGGUUGACAAGCAAAGUCACAUAUAUCUCGUUUAAAGAAGUCUCCUUGCAAAUCGUCCAAGAUGACAGCAAACUUUUGAAACGAUUUCAUAUAAUCAUUUAUGGCCACCACUAAAUGUUGAAAAGUGUACGUCAAUACGAAGUCAACUUGGAUAGUUUUAAAAGGUCUUAUGAAGGCAGAAUGAACUAUGGAGGGAUUUUAAGCGCUUUUAGUUUUCAUUUGCAAGGGGAACAAAGGAUUAAUGAGAAAAAACCAAGAAAGAAGAGCACAAAAUCACAUAGCAUGCUUACUUAAUCUUUUCCAUUUCAGGUUACUAUUUUACAACCACCGGCUAAUACCAUAGAAACCUGUACAUCGAUCACAGAUCCUCAUUAUUCGUCUUUUGGAGGGUUUGUAAAGACUGACUUCUUGCCGAUUCUUUUUUCUUCAAUUUGUUUCUUUUCGUCUUGCCUUUUUUCGUUUUGUCUUUUUGUUUGUUAGUUUGUUUUGUUUUGUUUUGUUUUUGUUUGGUAUUCACUCGAUUCACGCAUGAUUCUUAAAUUUCAUAUAACUUUAAAGAUGGCUGCAAGGAAACGAACGGAAAGAAAAUAGAACAGACUGUGUGACAAGCUGUUAUUCCUUAACUGAAAUUAAGUAAAAAACUGAGACAAAAAGGCAAAAAAAAGCGCAAAAAAACCAAUAUAAAAAAGAAACAAAAAUGAACAGGAAGAACAAAUUCGUGGCAUAACAGAAGAAUAUAAGUGAACUAAAUUUCCCAAAAGGCACCCAAACAGAAUCCUAACAAAGAUGUGAAAAAUGAUUGAGACUCAAGUAAAGCUCAAUCAUUUUCCAAACAAUUCUCGACCCGUAGUUUUGCUGUCCUCAGAGGUAUGUAUUGUGGUAUGAUAAAGAUAACAUAAAUCCUGCACAGAACAUCAGGUAUAGAUAAAACAAAUAAUCAGCUGUCUUUGUGUGUACAUGUGUCCAGGUAUUUCAAUUUUAUGGGCCUUGGUGACUUUAUACUUUACAGGAAUACGGAAAGGAACUUUGAGGUAAGGAGUACACUGAUAAAUGUUUAGAAGAAUUAUUUUCACUUGUUACAUUGUAAUUGUUAUUCAUGCUUUCCAAAGAGCUGAAGGAUACAUGCGUUGUCAUUUUAACCAACCAGAGCUUUUGUUUUUUUUGUAAUUGGUUGCAAUUGGGUGGCAUUCUUGACGGUUGACGUUGAGUAAAGAAUUCGUUUUAACUUCAGACGGCUAUCUUGCAUGGAAAGCUGGCUUAUCGGAAUAGAAACAAAAAGUGUCACGGAGUUUUACAUAUUCUUUCGCUAUUUGUUAAUUGAGCACUAUCAAUAAUCAUGAGGACCUCAAGUUUUAUAAGAACAAACUGCUUUGAGAUGACUGAUUAAAAGAGGUUUUAAGUGUUUCAGGGGCAUAUAAUGAGAUUGGCACAGUGCAGGCCAGGCAAAUGUGAGAUAAAUCCAUCCACAAACUCUGUUGAAGCUGUUUAUAAUGUCAGCAAGUCUUUGACCUAAGAAUGUUGGGUCACAACUAGGGGGAAACUAGCUGCGAGUCGUACCACGCUUUUGCUAUUUGAGUCAAGGACUCUCGACCUGUCUUUUCCAGUAUUCUUUACGUUCUCUACUUAAAGAUAUCAUCUUCUCUCGUACUACUUACCUCUAAUAUCGCGUAAAAAACCUCUAAGAUACAUGCUUAUACAAAGAUAUUCACCAUCGGAACGUAUAAGUGGGCAUGUUGGUCUGGACUUCGAAUUUAGACAGCAAGUUCAUGCUAAACAAAUGCGAAUGGCUAGAUCAUAUUGAACUAACUUACUGAAAUACUUCAUCACAGUUAGCAAAUUGUAUGAAAAUUAUGAACUCCAUCAAAACUGUCACUUUUUAUAGGUUCAUACGAGGCAGUGGUCGUGUAACGGUAUAAAGCCGGAAGACCACCAGCCCGGACAGAGAAGAGUUAGUUGCAAUUGUGUGCAGUCCUUAGAGAUCACAAUGACGUGAUUGAGUUCAGCUGUUGCAACGAUUUUAUGCUUCGGGACGACACAACGCCUCUUACUGUCAAGAUACGAAGCAAGAAGUGCUUAUCUCCUGGAAUUUCCAUAAAAAAAGGUUAUACCCGGGAGCAGUAGCCGAUAUGAAGUAAGCAAAUGACUGUUAUAUAUAUAUUUAUAUAUUUUUUUCUCUUUUUUAAUAGUUAUUUAUAACUGAGUUGCUUCACGCGCUUCAUUAUUUAACAAAUAGAGAAGCCUUGACUGAGCUCUGUUCUGUUAUAAAGCACGCAGGAAGCGGCUAGAGCACGAAAGAAGUGUAGGGAGAAACACGAGACGUAGCAUUACUUUCAAUUUUCAAAACAAACUUUAUUUCCAAAGCGAACAACAGUGUCGUCAGCAUGCUCUAUACUCUCAUAAAGCACGCUACAAUAAGCCAAUCAGAAUCCUUGUUAGAAUGGUUCAAAUGAUCUGAUUGGCUGUACAAGACUAAAGCUGUCAAAAGUGUCAAACCAUCAAAGUUAACCUUCUGCGAUAGUUUACAAACUAAAAUAGUUCGGCAGGUCAAAUUUAACAGUUUUGCCGGAAGUUUUUAAGUCUCUAAGACAGAAUCUUGAAGUGAAAUGUUCAGUGAACUUCAGCCGAAUUAUGGCUCAUAAAAACACGCGAGUUUUUUCACAUGGCAAGGUAGAAAACAAACUGUUCAAGACGAGUGUUUUUUGAAUGAACGACAGCCGAAUUCACCGGAACAUGAAGAUCGUUCGGGAUGACAGCGCGGCAAAACUCGGCUGCAGUGACAGAUGUGACUUUCCACUCAACGCAUCGGAAAGGAUAUUAGAACAAGCUCUUAUUUUUCACUCGAAGGGCGGCCGAUGUAGUUUCUGAGGCUUGCUUUACUGUGAUGACCGGAGAUCGCCAUGAUGAGCGAGCCGCGAUGGACUUCAGCAUGAUCAUAUUCGCUUAGAAACCGUCAUGAUUAGAAUGAAUUUUCACAGUUAUGUCAGUUUGGUUAUAUUUUUCAUCACUUCUGUUUUGUUCUGUUUUGUUUUUGAACACUGAACUUUAUAUGCUAUCUGAAUAUUAGCUGUGUUUGAUUUUUAUUUCCGUACGUAAGCUUGCAAUCUAACUGAGCGUGAAUCAAUCUUUAAAACUCGGAAUGUCUAUUUUGUUUUUCCUUUGAGGAUUUUCGUAUCUGCUCACGUUUUAAUAACGUAAAUUACGGCGCCUGGUAUGUUUACAAACCUUUAUUUGAUUUUUCUACUACUUGCCGGCUCGCUUGGUCCGAAAUUUCACUUUCAAUAAUCGGAAUAAAGCUGAAAAGAAGUCCCGGAAAAGGUCGAACAUGGUACAAUUUGGCAGAUGGCGUGACAGCUUUAGCUCAGCUCUAUGCUCUAUACUCUCAUAGAGCACGCUCUUUGAACCAAUGACAGCGCGCGUUAUAUCCGAACUUUAUUAUAAAUUUCCAUAAAGCACGCGCCUAACAUCACACGAGUGCACUGUUGAGGUAUACUGCACGCAACCUACGUCAUCGAUACGAGCGUGCGCAAUUCACGAUACAUUUUCUAAUUAAAAGAAAUAAAAAAAAAUUGUUCCUUAAGCAUUACUGAGUUAUAUAAGCACUUGGGAGUUUUUAAGAACACUCAUGCUUCUCCGCACUUCUCUCGUGCUCUUAAAAAUUCCCGCGUGCAUGUAAAACUCAAUAAUGAACUCGGCGCGUUUUUUUUUUUCCUUUAGGAAAGCACGCAAGAAGCGGUUAGAGCACGAAAGAAGUGUAGGGAGAGUGUUUCUAAGUGCUUUACAACAGAACAGAGCACAGUCAAGGCUUCUCUAUUUGUUUUAUGAUAAAGAAUCGUUAAAUUUCCCCACGCAUUACUUUCAAUUUUUAAAACAAGUUUCAAUUCCAAAACGAAGAACAGUGUCAUCAGCAUGGUCUAUACUCACCUAAAGCACGCUACAAUAAGCCAAUCAGAAUCCUUGUUAUAAUAGUUCAAAUUAUGGGAUCGGCUGUAUAAGACUAAAAGUGCCAAAAAUAUCAAACCAUCAAUGUUCACAUUCUGAAAUAGUUUACAAACUUAAAUAGUUCAGCAGGUCGAAAUUAACACUUUUGCCUGAAGUUUUUAGUCUCUAAUACAGAAUCUGAAAGUGAAAUGUUUAGUGAAAUCCGACCGAACUUUGGCUCAUAAAAACACACAAGUUUUUUAAUAUGACAAUGAGAAAACAAACUUUUCAAGGCGAGUGUUUUAUGAGUGAACGACAGCCGAAUUCACCGGAACAUGAAGAUCGCUCGAGAUAACAGAGCCAUAAAACUCGGUUGCAGUGACUGAUGUGGCCUUCCGCUCAAUGUAAAGGAAAGGACAUCAGAGCUUAAUUGUUCACUCGAAGGGCGGCCGAUGGAAUUUCUGAGGCUUCCUUAAAGAGGAGCUUUUGUCAGCUCCUCAUAUCUUUCCUUUCAACUACAAAUUAAGUAUACUUUAAAAAUUUUAAUUUUUUCCUGUUAAGGUGCUUUUCCCAUCAGGAGCAAAGGUUGAAAUAGCAAGAAACUAUUGGGGACUUGAUGUUUCCCUUUUCACACCAAGGGCAAAGGACGUAAACAAUGAAAGAGGACUUUGUCUUCACAAUCCCGCUACAAUCGAUGCGGAAGGGAUGAAGGAAAGGUAAUUAUGUCUUAGAAGAAAAUCUAAGUAACGUCGAUCAUAUUGUUAAGUACGCAGAAAACGUCCGAACAUCGAUUUAUCAUUUGCACUGCUUAUGUCUUCUUAGCACAAUGACUUUUCGGGCUGUGUUCAAUUAUUUUCUAUAAAACCCACGAAGCUAGCUGUAUAGCUAGUCAGUACAUUAUGCUCGAAUGAUCCUCUCUUAUAAGAGCGCUCUUUAUUCAUGCGGGAUUUCCUAACGUUUUAAGCUAUUUUGACUUUGGUUUGUUUCUUCAAGCUGCCGGAGAUUAUCUGCCUUUUACUUUUCAGGCUGGAGGUCGGUGAAAGCUUUUUUGAUACACUUCCGGAUGACGUAAACGCAGGCUAUGUGGAAUAUGCCAGGGCAUGUUUGUGUCCCAUAGAUGGUCAAAACAGUCAAACUCAUUGCCAAAAUGUAUUUGAUGCCGCUUUUCCUACUCUACUGAACACAGCUAUGGAAGAUGCCUCGCCUACAGAGUUGUGUGAUCGACAGAAGAGGGAUAUUCACUACUCCGAUGAUGUCACAGAUGAAGAUUUACAGUUAUUUAAGCAUACACUUAACGCGCAUCAUCGUUUCAGGAGGGCAGUAGCUGACGACCAAAUUCCUAAAGAAAACGCCACACGUUAUUGUGCUGAGAGAAUAUCCGACACUAAGCUUGGUAAGCUCUGUGCGCAGUUUGGAGUGAAUGUACAGCAGCUAGUUGAGACAUGUUCGGCUGAUUUAGAG